AGUUUACACGCUGGUCCGCAAUUGAACCUUCUCGUUGUAUUUACGUUCUCUGCUGUCCGCGUAUACGUUAUACUCAUUAAUGUAAUACAUACGUCAUCCGUACACGUCGGAGAAUGUUGCACUAUAAAAUUUGAUUAACACUUCGAUUAUCAAAAAAAAAAAUAGCAGUGAUAAGACAGCAUAAGCAUAUUGCUAGUUAUGGCUCCACCGUCUGCAAGACUAAGAUACAAUGCCAAUAAGUCGGACAUUGGAUCUUUUGUUCCAAAAAAACAUUCUAAGAAGCCUGAGAAACUUCCAAAAAAAGACUUGAAAAAUGCUAAUGGAAUAACAGCUUUGCCAGUCACUAUUGAUUCGAAGGUGUCCAUCGUGCCAAGCAUAGAUACUGCAUUUAAGACGUUCAUUAGUGCUCGGCUAUGUAGCGCUAUUUGGGCAUAUAUAUCGGAUUGUGAUGAGACGUUCAACUACUGGGAACCACUUCAUUACAUUAUUAAUGGACAUGGCUUGCAAACUUGGGAGUAUAGUCCAGAGUUUGCAUUACGCUCUUACACAUAUCUGUUAUUGCAAGGAGUUCCAGGCUGGAUAUAUCAAAAACUUUUUGACCCAAGCCCCAUCCUUAUAUUUUAUAUGAUACGAUGUAUUUUAGGAUUUGGUUGUGCAGUUAUGGAACGUUUCAUGUAUAAGGCAAUCUCUCAGGAAUUUGGAAUACAUAUUGGCCGUUUAUGGUUGAUUUUUCAGCUGUUUAGUGUUGGGAUGUUUGUGUCAAGUACUGCAUUGUUACCGUCAUCUUUUUCAAUGUAUUUUGGAUGUGCAGCUCUCGCUGCAUGGUGGCAAAUGAAAUAUAGUCUAGCUAUAUUCUUCGUGGCUAUUUCUUCAUUGCUUGGUUGGCCUUUUGGAGGAUUAAUUGGUGUUCCAAUUGCUGUAGAUAUGCUAUUGCGGAAACGAUUGUGGAAGACUUUUUUAAUAUGGGGAACUAUUUCUGCAUUAACCAUUGGCGUUCCAAUGGUUCUAAUCGACAGCAACUAUUAUGGAAAAUUUGUGGUUGCUCCAUUAAACUUGGUGAUUUAUAACGUAUUCACAAGCCAUGGACCAAAUAUUUUUGGCACUGAGCCUUGGACAUAUUAUGUAAUAAACGGAUUUUUAAACUUUAACAUCGUAUGGCUCUUUUCCUUAGUUACUCCGAUUGUACUGGUCCUUGAUCACUUUGUAGUUCCAGCGAAAUUCAAAUCAACGCUUAAUUUUCCUAGAUAUUUGUCGUUAGCCCCUCUAUAUGUGUGGUUACUAGUUUUCUUUCCACAACCCCACAAAGAAGAACGCUUCCUUUUUCCAAUAUAUCCAUUAAUAUCAUUAUGUGGGGCAAUCACAGUGGAUGUUUUCCAACGACUUUUCUAUAGAUUAAAAUCAAUAUUUAAAAGUAAAUUAACAUCAGGUUCUCAUUACUUAGAUCAUUCCAUGUUCAUUGCAAUCUCCGUAAUGCUUGUAAGUACUUUAUUGGGAUUAUCUAGGGUUUUUUCUCUAUAUCGAAACUAUCAUGCUCCAAUGGAUAUAGUCAUGGAACUUAAUCAAUUUGCAUAUUCACAAGAAUAUCAAGAUGAUAGAAUAUAUAAUAUCUGUAUUGGAAAAGAUUGGUAUCGUUAUCCUGGUAGCUUCUUUUUGCCAUCGAAUAAUUUCCGUUUGCGGUUUUUAAAGUCAGAGUUUCGAGGAAUGUUACCAGUUUACUAUAGUAAUGAAGAAAAUGGUACCAAAGUAGUGCAUCCAUAUUUUAAUGAUAUUAACCAAGAAGAUGAAAGAACAUAUUUUAAUUACAACAACUGCGAUUUUUUAAUAUAUUUUGAUGAGGGGAAGUAUACGGCUCUCGAACCUAAUUACGCAAAAUAUUCAAAAGAAUGGACAAUAUUAAAAUCUUUACCUUUUCUAAUUCAAGAGAAAUCACAUAAACUCUUCAGAGCUUUUUAUAUACCAUUCUUCACGGACACAUAUACCUCGUAUGGAAAUUUCAAUUUAUUAAAGCGUAAAAGACAGAAGUAAUUAUUAUA